GUACAUUUUGAGUUUCGGUUUCUGUUUACCAUAUUUUGGUUAGUCAUAUUAUAUAUUUAGUUAAAAUUAAGUGAAAAGAACUUCACUAUUUAUUUAUUUCGACGUAUUAACUUUAAGCAAGUAAUAAAACAACAAUGCAGGACCCAAAUGAAGAUACCGAAUGGAAUGAUGUGCUACGCGCUAAGGGAAUCAUUGGACCCAAACAAAAGGAGGCCGAGAUCACAGAAGAUCAAAUCCAGGCCAUGAUGAAUGAUGUCAUUCAGCGAAGGACGGAUUUGCCUCCACAAGAGGGUCAGCGCGACAAGCUGAUCGACGAUAUGUCACUGGAUGAGCUGGACGAGCUCGAGGACUCUGAAGACGAGGCCGUAUUGGAACAAUAUCGACAACGUCGCAUCGCCGAGAUGCGGGCAUUGGCAGAGAAGCCACGGUUCGGCAGCGUGCGUGAAAUCUCUGGCCAGGAUUACGUCAAUGAGGUGACAAAGGCUGGCGAGGGCAUUUGGGUGGUGCUGCAUCUGUAUGCCAAUGGCGUCCCGCUCUGCGCCCUCAUCCACCAUCACAUGCAACAGCUGGCUGUUCGCUUCCCGCAGACGAAAUUCCUGCGCUCCAUUGCCACGACCUGCAUACCCAACUUCCCUGAGAAGAACCUGCCCACCAUUUUCGUAUACCACGAGGGCGCCAUGCGUAAACAGUUUAUUGGACCCAUUGAACUGCGUGGCGAGAAGCUGACGCUCGACGAGCUGGAGUUUAUGCUGGGCCAAGUGGGCGCUGUGCCCACUGAAAUCAAAGAGGAUCCCAAGCCACAAAUCCGAGAUAAAAUGUUAGCCGAUUUGGAGGACAAGAGCUCAGAGUUCUUUUAGAUCUCAUUCUAUGCUAAGAGAACAAAGAGCAUGCCAAGUCACAAAUCAGGAAUAAGAUAAGCUCGGAAUUCUUUCAAAAAAAAACUUCAUUCUACUUUAUGUCAUGUGUUCAUAUUAAGCCAUUUCUUUUUGCAGUACAAUCUAAAUCCUUACCCGAUCUUUGAGCAUUUGUUAACAUAAUAAAAAGUAACAAUUUUUGCUACCAAAA